ACAUAUUCCUUUUAACAACUUACAAGAAAACCUAAUUGCAUGAGAAACCAUAAUAUUGUGGAUGGUUGGGAUUCGGUCUUCCGGAAGAGUAAGAUGAUCCAACGGCUGGGAUCGGCGAAGGCGAGCCAAAGGAGAUAAAGGACUAGCCAUGGCCAGCAGCCAUGGCUUCCGAUUCCGGAAUUAGGGUUGUGAGAGCCGUUGGAUCGAGAUGACAAGGGACCUGGGUAUUUUUCGUUUGGCGCUAGGGCUCGAGCACAAGAAGAAGCGAUGGAGGUGCUGAGGCGCUCUGGAUCGUCGCUACCGAUUGCUGCGGCACGCCUAGGGAAUCGCAAUCACAAUCUCCUCGCCUCGCUCAAGAAUCGUCCGCCCGGCGCUGCUCGCAGCGCCAUUGCGCAGAGUGAGGUUUGUCGUGAAUCGGAAUCCAGGACAAGAAUGUGAGGGAUUUGGAGCAGCAUUUUGCGAGCGGCAUGGAGGAUCACAUCAUGGAGAACGAUGGCGAGCCUUGCCCUCUCAUCGGCUUUAGGGCAGUUUGCAACAAGGCGCAGGGCCAGCUUGAUCCGGCUUCUCCACACGCACGCAAUGCGGCACUGAUGCCAUUCUUGUUCUACAUCCAUCCUUCCAAUUCCGGGCACUUGCAUGUCCUUACCUCGGAUUUUCACUACAACACUUGGCACGGGAGCUUCACUUGCGAGUACCUCAAUAAUCUGAAAGAGUCGAUUGGCAUCAAGGAUGGAUUUACCACGUAUCUUCAAGGCUUGCACGAUGGGUUUUCAUCGAGCAAAGUUAAAGUCGAGCUGGGAGGACCAGCUAGUGCUGUGGGAGGAGAAGGUGCUUCCUGUGCGCGCUUAAAGACUUGGAUCAAUGUGCACGGGGCAGCCAGAGAGGUUGCCCUCGACUUGGAACUCUCUCAAGGACGCUGCGCAAACGAUACGAUGGGAACUCUCGCCUGGGAGCUGUUUGACUCACUUAUGCAUGCCAAGGGUCAGAUUUCUCAUCUCGAGAGAGCUUUGAAGGAGGAAAAGGAAAAAUGUGCCAAAGUACUAGAUGCUGUUGUACAGGGCAAGCCAACUUCCGUUCACUUCAUCUCGAGUAAAACUACAAACUGGCGGCCUGAUGUUUCUCCUCCUCUGGCGACGCUUAUUCAGCCAUCCAGGUCACUUAUCAACUGUAGCGAAGGAAGAGUCAAUUCUACUCGUUCAUCGGCUUUGAAGCUUGCGGCAGCUAAUCGCUAUGGGAGGACCACCAAAGUAGAAGGUAGAUACCAGGAGAAGUCGUAUACAAGUGUGCAUUCAGUUUCCGACAAGAAAGAGGAAGGGAUUAUUGGUGAGAGUCAUAUGGCUGAUAGGAAGGAUGACGCGCUUUUAACACCUGGGCCUUUAGAAUCUGCUGCAUGCAGUCCAUUGGGCUCGGAAAUGCUCAAUUUUGUGGGCGACAAACGUAAAGUGGAAAACUCCGAGGAAGUAAACUCUGGUGUAAUGACAUGGGCCAGGCGCCACUACAUGGAAUGGCGAAAAGAGCAAGGUUUGCCAGAAAAGCAGAUAGAAGAUAUGCCGUUGAACGAGUUUGCUGAUAGCCUGGUCAAAUUCUUUCUCAUGGUGAAGAAACGCAACGGGAGUUUGUUUCCUUCUGAAAGUUUGAAGAGUAUGUUUCGGGCUUUUGUUCGGAUAUUGCGCUCUCACUACAGAUCACUCUAUUUGCAAGGCAAGUACGACGGGCCUACUGUUGAUGCAAGCAAGGAUAUCAUCUUCGAGAAGGCUCGACUAGCAUGUUUAGAGGCCAUGAAAUACAGCAUCAUUCACGGAGGUAGUGCAAAGAAGAGGAGAGUAAACGACAGGGGCCCUGCAUCUGAAGAGGACAUAUUGCAUCAUCCUGCCAAUCAGACGACGCAUGCUCAUGGUCUGGCCAGGCGGCUCUGCUACUACCUCAUUCACAGAUUUCGAAUAUUUGGCUACAUGGAGCUGUAUGACACCACCGACCUUGAGUUUCGCCGGAGUUCUGACGAGAAAGGAAACAUUUUCUGGGAAUACGACGAACGCCGGGCAAUGAAGUUCAAAAACAAAGAAGUUUUCCGAGAAAUCGUCCGUUCCUUCGAACUGGACGUCGUCGAAUGCCUGGAUAAGUACUACAUGCAUUUGCCAUCCAAGCCCAUCGAGGACGAGCCGCGGCGAUUGUUUCUAACGCCAAUCAGCAAGCCUCGUUCGAAUGUGUGGUUCUGUCACCAAAACAUCAGUGCCAAGACCCUGAGGUCGUGGUAUAGAUACAUGGCGCCUACGUCAAAGGGAUCGACCAUCCCACAAAACCACACUCUAAAUCUAAACCAGCCAAGGAACGUGAAGGCUUGUGCCAUGGACAUGGACGAAAUGGCCUCGGAAGGCCCCAUGGAGGAGGAGCUCACGAAGGUGACUCGAGAGCACCACCACCCGGAGUUUGGGAGAGGUGGUGGCAGCGAUGCCGAGGAAGCCAACACUGACAACGACGAAGAGAUUACAGACACGGAGCUCCCGGAAGGCGCGGACGGGAGCAACCAAGUCGACCCAUCGGCAUCCGACUUGGAGGAGAUCACUAUGUGAAGAAAACUCUCCUCUCGCUCGCUUCUCUCGGUUUGUUGGUGGAGUCGCAAAACUUACUUUGUUCUAACCAGUGCUAUCUAGCUUUUAGUUGUGUUCGCAGACACACGCAGACACACAGACACACAGAGAUUGAUUGACCAUCUGUACAAUAGCUAAGAAGUACAAACGAAUCGUUUUGGUUUUCGAUA